GUGGUGUGAGUUGCCUGAAAUGAUUUCUGAAUUUAUUGAGCAGGUACAAAUUCUAAUGGAAAUUCAACAAAUUAAGCACGCAGAAAUCGAACAAUGGAACCAUAAGUCAAAAUAUAACUGGCUGUGUACAAAAAAGGUGACAUUAGUUAUUCUUUCCCUAAAACAAGAAUACAAAAUCCGCCAGGCACUAACAAAGGUAGAUGUUGAGGAUCAAAUUGAAAUUUUACGUAAAUUGAUGAAAUGGCUUAGUGACAACCCUUUAUUUAAAGUGGAAAGAAUACCAGAAAUAACACUUGAUUUAAUAAAUAACACAAUUAGAACCAACUUAGUGAAUCAGUCUAAUUUGUCAAGAAUUAAUAGUUUCCGAAACAGUCUAAGAAGACUUUCGAUUUUAUCAAACAGAAUUGCACCAGAGGAAAAGCCUAAAUGCGUUACAUUUAAAGAUACAGCCACUGUGUACAAAAUAUCAAAAUGAAUUUUAUAGACCAUUAGUGACAUUUUAAUGUUACUUGUUGCUAAAAAUAAAGCUUAGUGCUGUUGCUAUUGAA